CGAGCACCGUCCGGCGUGCACAAAGGAUUCGGAAACUGUCGAUCUAUCGUCGAUUUUCCAUCGAUCUUCCUUGGGCAGGAUAACAAAGGAGCAAAGUGGCGCGAGCAGUCACUUUGUUCACUGGUCACUUUCGAGCGAGGAAGGAAGCUUUUUGCACCAGGAGGGUCGGACUGUCGCAGCGUGCCGCAACCGCGCGUGCAGCCAACUGUCAGCGGAAGGCCGAACGGUAGCGCGAUCGUUAGAAGCUGUGUUCGUAAGUGGCGCGCCACGCGUAUCAGUCGGUCGGCUGAUCGUCGAGCGAUUCGGCCGCGUGCUGUUGUUCCCGCUGGGUGAGAGAGAGACUACGGGGCUCGAGUUGGAAACGAGCUGCUGCUGGCGAGCAGUUGAACCAAGGCCCGAGGAGGUUCGAGGAGGUUUCGACGUCCAACACGAGGGCUGGCCCAGCAGCUGGCUGCUGCGAAACCCCUUCCAGGAAGCCGCGAUGCCAGCUGGACUUUUGAUCGUUGUCAGCGUCGUCGGUCUGAUCGCCGCCUUGACCGAUGCCGCCUCGAUCGGGCACGCUGCGCACGGCAUCAAGGCCACGGACUGCUACAGCGAGAUCUACUGCACCGGUGAACUGCUGAAGACCGUGCAGCUAGCUGGUAUCUUCAACGACAGCAAAAAGUUCGUCGAUCUUCAUCAGCUAAACGACCCCGAGAUAACUCUUUCCAACUUUCGCAGUUUGAUGAACGAAACGGGCAACAAACCGACGAGAAGCCAGGUGGCUCGGUACGUCGAGGAAAAUUUCAGCUCGUCGAAUGAGCUGCUAAACUGGACACUGCCUGAUUGGACGGAGAACCCUUCGGUCUUGAAGCGCAUCCACGAAACCAAGUAUCGUGAAUGGGCGAGAGCUCUGAACGGGGUUUGGAAGGAACUGGCGAGAAAGAUAAAUCCUGAAGUGGCCAAGCACCCGGAGAGGCACAGUCUGAUCUACGUGCAGAAUGGCUUCAUCGUUCCCGGUGGUCGUUUCAAAGAGUUUUAUUAUUGGGACAGUUACUGGGUGAUCGAAGGCCUGUUAUUAUCCGACAUGUAUCAAACUGCCAGGGGAAUGAUAGACAAUUUCUUAUACAUGGUGAAGAAAUAUGGGUUCAUACCGAACGGCGGUAGAAUUUAUUACCUCAUGAGGAGCCAACCGCCCUUGAUACAUCUCAUGGUCUCGAGAUACUUGGAGUUCACCAGGGACUACGAUUACCUGCGCACGAUUAUACCCACGCUGGAGAAAGAGUUUGCUUUCUGGCAAACGGAGAGGAUGAUCGAAGUGAAGAAGGAUGGGAGGGCGUACAAAAUGGGACAUUACAUCGUCAACAGCCCGAGGCCUCGGCCGGAAAGCUACAGGGAGGAUUACGAAAUGGCGCAACAACUUCCUGAAAAGUCGCGGAACUUUUUCUACAACAACAUAAAGGCAGGCGCCGAGAGUGGCUGGGACUUCUCGUACAGAUGGUGCAUUACCAACAACAAAAGCGAAAUGCCCAACUUGCUGAACAUCUCGACGCAGUACAUUAUACCUGUCGAUCUUAACGCGAUUCUGCAACAAAACGCCCGGCUCCUCAGCGAGUUCCACACAAUACUCGGUAACAGAGCGAAGUCGCAGUAUUACCUGAAGAUAGCCUCGCAGCUUCAAAUGGCCAUCGACAACGUCUUGUGGGACGACGAAGAAGGAGUAUGGUUCGAUUACGACAUGAAGACCAAAGAGCACAGGCGCAUGUUUUACCCCUCGAAUCUCGCGCCACUUUACACAAGAAGCUACAAUUACAUCCAACGCGACUAUUACGCUUUGUCCGCCGUGGCGUACCUCAAGUCGCAGAAUAUCGACAGUUUCUUCGGAGGUACACCCACAUCGCUGAAUCAAACGGGGGAACAAUGGGAUUUUCCAAACGCGUGGCCGCCAUUACAAUCGUUUAUCGUAAUGGGUCUCUACUGGACGGGGGUUAAAGAAGCGGUGGAGUUCUCCCACGAAUUGGCAUUUCGAUGGCUUGGUUCUAAUUACAUCGGCUAUAUGCAGACUGGCCAUAUGUUUGAGAAGUACGACUCGAUCAGGCCGGGGCAGGGCGGCGGCGGUGGGGAGUAUCUCGUGCAGACCGGGUUCGGAUGGACUAACGGCGUGAUCUUAGAGUUCCUCAACACCUUCCCCAACAUCAAGGUGAGGAAGGUUGCCUACGAGGGCGACACAGACAUGGAGAUCGAAGAAUAAAAGGCAACGGAUAUGUAUUCUAAUCGGACUGAGAAUUUUGACGUAGUUUCACUGGUGAUAAUGCAACGCAUUCGUAUUUUCCAACGAAUCUAGUCUCAUAACGGAAAAACAGGGCUGCGCGUUUUAUAAAACCCACUGUUUGUUCGAUACGAAUCAACAAAUGUAUAUUUUCUAAAAGAAUUUUUCUCUAGUUAUAUAUAUAUAUAUAUUUGUUUAUCACGGACUAAACACACCGACGAGGAUUUUUUAUAAAACGUCAGUACAAUACCAGAUGCUGUAAUAUAAUGCGGGAGGAAACUUAAUUGACAAUAGUUACUAAAUAUCAUAUUUAUUUAAUUAUCAUGUUUAACGUUUCUAAUCUGUUGGAACUUUGUCCAUUCAGAAUGUGUUAUUGAAUGUAUUAAGUGAUAAGAAUCGGAUAGAGUAAUUUACAAGUCUCGUGUUUAUAAGGGACGUUAAAAAAAGGUAAACCAAAUUUUAUGUAUCGAUCGACAUUUUAUCAGUUUCUAGUGUAACUAAAAUUUUCAAGAGGUUGAUGGAAAUUGAUAGAGAUUGACAUUUUGGAUGGAAAUUUUGAAGAACCAUUGUUGACGGUGUUCUGUAUUAAUUAUAUUUUUAGUUGAUAAAUACGUGCGCAUCGCGUGCACGAGAAACUAUGGGCACAAAAAACUAUAGUAAUUACGCGUGGAACUUGUCAGUAUUCUAAUUUUAACUUUAAGUUUAACGUUU